ACCGGCGAGGCGUUAUUGGCUUGCGGUCCUCUUCGGCGGCCUUUCCCGCAUUCCAAAUCGGUUAAUCAGACUUUUAAGGAGUGCACGCGUCACCGGAUUGUGCUCCGGCGAUAGGGAGUCAGUGGUCGGACGGGCUAAGCGAGCGACGUGCGAGGGAGAAGAUCGCAUUUUUAGCUCUUUGCAGCAUUUUGGUUGGUUUAGGGCUUCCGGCAGUGGAAAGCAGCGGCGAGAAAAGAUGAGAUUUUGCGAGAGGUUCUGUGUGAAUUGCCGAAUGGAAGACAAGGGUUAUUGGCUUUGGCUUGCCAAAGUGAGUCGUUCUUUCCUGUUUGUAUAUAUUGCGCUCGGAUACGCUGUUCUUGAAUCAUGCAUUCAGAACUUCGUCAUACAUAGACCUUGGUUUGGAGAAGAAUGGUGCGCUCAGGCGCUCCUCGUCCAGGUAAACGAAGCCGAUCGAUUCCCCCUUCUCCCCUGAGAAGAAACUCUGGGAGGCCGGUUGGAAACCAUGCUGAAUCUGCCCCUUCUAGGCAGCAUACCUCUUCUUUGGUUACUCCUAGCCCCAACUUAGACACCACCAGCAACAUGAGUUUCUUGAAUGAUACCUCAACUGUGUCUUCACUCCCUGAUCACUCAUCUGGAGGCGGUCGGCCUGUGGCAGCCGGUGGGCUCAUGGCCACAUCGAGGAAUUUCCAACAGCAAAGUGGCGGCGGAGGAGCACCGGAUGUGCUAGGCCCUGCAAAGUUUGAUCCUCGUGCGUUCACUUCGACUUCUCCCACAGCUCAGGGGCAACAGCCCCACAAUCUCUAUUCUAGUCGGAUGUCUUUGGAUCAUUCACAGCCUGAUCAGCUCAAUAUGAUGCAGAAUUAUCAAGGAUCAUCCUCAAUGCCUCACAUGCAGAGGCAAACAGAGCUCAGGGAAGGGUUGGGAAAUGUUGGCAGCGCCGCAUUUGUUAACAUGGAGCCUCAGAUGGGUUCUUCUGAUCAAAAUGGUCCGCUACAGCAUUCUCAGUCUCCGUGCCACACUGGUACUGUGAAUUUGGAACCACACCAGGUGCACUCCGGUAGAGGCUUGGGCCCUGGUAAAAUGGAAAGUGAGCAUUCUUAUUCGGCACUGUUCCUGCAACAGCAGCAGGAGCAGCAGUUGUUUAAAAAGCCUAGGCCACGUCCAAAGGCAGCAUAUGAACAUAUUAGUAUGCAGCAGCAACAGUUGCUUCAAAUGCCUGGUCCACCUUCACAGGCAGCAUCUGCACAGAUUAGUCCACAGCAGCAGCAGAUCCUUAGAAGCAUACCUCAGCAACAAGACCAGUUGCAAGCUGUAGAACCUAAAGUAAAAUCCACUCUGUAUGAGCCUGGAAUCUGUGCUCGACAUUUGACCCAUUACAUGUAUCGAAAGCAGCAUAGGCCACAUGAUAACAAUAUUGGGUUUUGGAGGGAACUUGUUGCUGAAUACUUCACUCCUAAUGCCAAGAGGAGGUGGUGUGUUUCUCUCUAUGAAAAUGGACCCCAAACUACUGGCGUUUUUCCUCAGGAUAUAUGGCAAUGUGAAAUAUGUAAUCGCAAACCUGCUCGUGGCGUUGUGACAAAUGUCGAAGUUCUACCAAGGCUAUUACAAAUCAAGUAUGCUAGUGGUAUUUUGGAGGAACUACUCUAUGUUGAUAUGCCUCAAGAAUAUCAAAAUGCAGCAGGUCAGAUUGUCCUUCAAUAUGCUAAAGCAGUUCAGGAGAGUGUGUUUGAGCAGUUAAGGGUGGCACGUGAAGGUCACCUAAGGAUUGUUUUCUCUCCUGAGCUGAAGAUAUGUUCCUGGGAAUUUUGUGCUAGACAUCAUGAGGAGUUUAUUCCUCGACGACUAUUCAUGCCUCAGGUAAAUCGACUUAAUGCCCUGGUUCAGGAAUAUCAGAAUUCGGUGCAAAACUCAACUUUUGGUUUAUCAGCUUGGGAAUUAGAACGUACCUGUAAAUUACUUAUGGAAACUGCUGGUCAAUUGGUUAAGGCUUUGGAGGUGCCAGUGGUAAAUGAUUUGGCCAACAAGAAGUGUUAUCUUCGUUGCCUUCAGAUUUUGGAGGUGCUCGACAGCAUGAAAGAUCUGAUUGAUUAUAGUAUACAAACAGGGACUGGCCCUAUAGAUAGUUUGAUCAACUUCCCGAAGAGGACUGCUUCUUCUUCAGUGCUCCAUUCUCAACAAGUCCAACAACCUGAUGUUCAGCAAACAAUUCCCCAAUAUACAAGCCAAUGUGAUCAGACAUCUGCUUAUGCAACUCGUGUGCAGCUUUUAUCAGCUAGUGGUAGUCUAACGAGUGUUGCUAAUACCCUUAACAAUUUACCUUCCACCUGUACCACAACUACCACCGCUGGACUCCGUCAGAACUCUUUGAACUCAAGGCAGGACAACCGGAGUAGCAAUGUAAAUGGUCCACAUACUGGGAACACUGUUCCGAUACCACCAGCUAGCUCCAUUUCAUUGCGUCAGUCGCAGCCUAAUGUUUUUCCUCGCACUCCAUCUUCCAUACCCUCCACGUCGAACAAUAUCCUCGCUUCCUCUGAUAACAUUGGUCACCUAAACUCUGUUAAUUCACCUGUGAAAGCGUCUACCAUGAAACAACCAUUAACAGAGUCUCAAGAAGAUGAUCAAACUGAAAGCCCUAGUGUUGAUCGGACAUUACAAGAGAUGAUGACCUCUCAGCGCACUGGUGUUAGCUCCCUUGGCCAUGAGGGCAUCAGUGGAACAGGAUCAGGAAUCACUGGUGAAAUUAGACCAUUGAAAACUGCUGGAACAUCUAGAGGAGAAAUGGCAAAAAACACUGUGGCUAUGAAUGAACAGGCUGGGAUAAACUACAGGUCAAAUGAUCCAUCCGAUGUGAUCCAUCAGCAGCAGGAGGAUAUGAACAGGCUUUUUGAUGGCCUCGAACCACUCGACAACUUCGACAUUCUUCAAUUAAUUCAGGAACUCUCCCAAUGAUAUGGUAACAGUUUAAGGAGUUGCUUGAAAACAUCAGAUUUUUCCAGAGGAGCUCUUUGUAAGUCCUAUACCCAACAUUCUUUUGUUUUAUAUAAAAAUUUUUGACGCACUGAAAGAGCUUAUGAUUGCGAAGGGCAGAGAUAUGUGAAUGAGAAUUGCAGUGAUUUUGUUUCCUUUAUCUUACUCCGGUGCUGUGUGCUUGCAACCAUGCAAGUUUGUUAGUGGUAAACUUAAUACAGAUAGAAUCCAAUCCAUGCUACAUGCUGACUUGCUCUCUAAAGCUACAUGAACAAUUGUUGAACUUGUUAUUGUAGUUUAUUUAUCCAUUAAAACUGAAUGAAUUAAUGUACCUUGUUCUUGCUGUGAUUGUGUUAAAGUCCAAGCAUGAACUAAUUGAAUUGACAUAUCCUUGUUUUUCUUCCUAAAAUCUCUGUCGCACUUGGGUAAUGAAGAUUAUGCUCUCUCUGUCUUUGAACCUACCUGAACAAUAGUUAUUUGUGUUAUCAUGUAUCAUUUGAACUAGGAGACUACAUAACAUGCAGUCUCAUUCAUCUUGGUUUAUGUUAUCUUGUACGGAUUACCUGACUUGGGAAGAGGUUUGAGCUGUCUCAAGUGGAUAGAAAGACAUGGUUACUGUGACUAUGACUUUAACCAUAUAUCUCACAUAGCCUCUGAAGGCAUUCCAUCGGGCACCUUACAAGUGAAGCUAUGUCAGAGUUCCUCAGACUGCAGUUGAUAGUGAACCAACGCAGAGAGAUUAUGACCAAAGUAGACUCAGAGUUGGGUAGUGGGGGCACAGUUAAAAGCAAAUUUCCAAGAAACAGGAAAUCUAAGACACUCGCUGUUUUCAGCUGAAGUGAUGAGUGAAGGAGCUGAGUGACAUGAUGACACCCAGGAAGCUGAGACAUGAAGGAAUCUAAUAAAGAUGUUGAUGUACUGGAUCUUGGAUUCUGGGCAACAAUCCGACAGCUUUCAGCUGUCAAUUUGGGUUGCUGGGUCGGUGUCUGAGGUAUGCCGAGGAACAGCCAACCAUGAAGACCGAAGGGACACAGCCUGUUUGGUCCAAGA